CGACAGCAAUAAACAGACCUUUGUUCUGAUUCUGGGCAACCGCCAGCCCGAUACAUUUUUAAUCAAUGGCUUGAUUCAUUUUCCUAUUUUCAUUUUCAAUUAGGUCUCAUGGUUACCAACAUCUGUUAUCUAGCAACCAUCUCUAAGCUCAACCCCUCGCGGAUGCUUGAGCUAACAUCAUCCGUCCUCUCCUGUAUACACCAGAUAAAUAGAGGUCACCAUGCCACGUCCACUCAAUCCGAAUAUCCCAGCCUUCAAUCUUGCCAUAUCCACUCUAUUCCGUAAUCCAUCACUCCUUGUCCCCAAUUAUACAAUUCCGACAUUCCUUCAACUGCCAGGAGACAACUUGGGUGCCCACCUUAUUCCCUCCUCGUACUUCUCCACACCAAGCAGCCAUGCCAAUCAACAUAAAUUUCCACCCAAAAUUCGUGCCCUAGUAAUCGACAAAGACAACACACUCACCCCACCAGAGUCCCGCAUAAUCCCCCCUGCCUAUAUGCAAAAGCUCAAGGACCUCCGUACCGACACUUCCUCUCCCUUCAACAUGAAUAAUAAUCCACAUGGCAUUCUAAUCGUUUCAAACACGGCGGGGAGUGAUCCAAACAUUGCACUUUACGAGGAAGAAGCAAAACAUAUCGAGUCGGUCUUGUCCCAUUUGAAAAUUCCAGUUUUUAGAUCUGGCAUCCCCCCGAAAGUGGUUGGCUCCAGCGAAGCUUCAGAGUCUCCGCCAACGCGCCAUUCGCUCAAGAAACCGUUUUCUUACCCUUCUAUCCUCGCCCACCUUCGUGCUCAGAAUGCUAUAGCUUCACCAGAUGAAGUUGCGAUAGUGGGUGAUCGCCUCGGCACGGACGUGAUUAUGGCUGGACUCAUGGGUUCGUGGAGCAUUUGGACACAAAUGGGGGUGACUGUUGGUGUAGAGGGGAAGGAUGAAGGGAGAGAAGGUAUGGAUUUCAGAGGCAGGUUGGCCAAACUAGAAGUGAGGUUAGAGCGGUACCUAAGGCGAAGAGGAGUUGCACCAGCGGUGCCAAAAGGGUGGGAAAGUUGA